AUACAAAUAUUAUUUUGCCCAAUAAAUUAAAUAAUGUAUAAUGAAACACUGUUCAAAAGAACCAAUGCUACGUUGUUCAACUACUGUUUGUUCAAUAAACUUAUAGAAUAUCGAUAUUAUUUCUUUUUGAAUGUCCACUUUAAGGUUAUGUCUAUUGCAAUUUCAUUAAGCCUAGUUUUAAACAAUUUCUUACAUUUACCUUUUUAACAUAAUUUAAUAAUUAAUUCACAAUAUUGUAAAUGGUGUACCGAUAUUUAUGACUUUUAUUUCACUCGCAUACCGUCUGAUGAUGAAUUUAUUAUAAAAUAAAAAUACACAUACCAACAAACAUUUCUCUAUUUUUUGCAUCUUUUAAUUGAAAGUUAGAUUCAAAUAAACAAAGGUUGAUAGUGCGUUUAAUCGAAGGUAAUACAUAUAAGUUAUAUGUAAGUAUUAUUUCGACGAGAGCGCAAAAGUUUAUGCGAACAGUACAAUUGUAGUCAUAAAAGAUUUUGCUGUGACCGGUCUCUUUGGGUGGGGAAAAUCAAUAGGAAAACUGAGUUUAAAUUACAAGUUUAAAUUACAUUAGUGUUUAGUUGAUGAAAUGCAUGGUGAUGUUUUUCAAUACUUUACUGCGUAUGUGAAUAAUGUGUCGACGCGUAUGAAAUCGUUAUCAUGACCCAUUCGAAAUGCGGUGCCUCUUGACACAUAGAAAAAUGUUACGGAACUUUGAGUGCGGCACGGUUAUCUUAAACAGCUGUGUUCAGUAAAAGGAAGAUGUUAAGAAAUUGUGUAAUUGAUGCUUCUUGACAUUUAACUUGAAAAACAAUACAUUAAGCUAUCCUUAAUAAUGACGAUAUUUCGAAAAAUUUUGCUAAUUUCUUUCACUUUCUGUAUUUUCCUACGAAUGAAUUAUGUUGAUACCACUCAUAUUUCGGGUACUUUUAAUACAAAGGAGUUUUUUCGUUUCCUCAUUAAAUUUGGCUUUCAAAAGACUGAUCGUCAUCGACAGAAAGAUUCGUACGGAUAUAUUUUUGGCAACGUAACAUCGAAAAGCAAUUUUUCUGCGCCAAUUACUUUGGCAGUUUUAGAUCGAGGUCAUUUUUUAGAAUACUAUGGUAAUCGUACACUAAACAACAAAAGUACUGCGUGUACUUUCAUGUUUAAUACCCUAAAUCAAACAUCUUAUGAUGUGCAUUGUAACGAAGAAGGUCAAGACUUUUUAAGGAGAGUACCUUGUCCAAAGGGUAAGUUAUGUCCAGAUGAAGAUUCCAUAUGGAAUAUUGUAAAAGGAUAUCAAUUUACUUACGUCAUACAAGACUUUUGGCAGCCAAGGUUUUGGUACAUGAGUUUAGUGGCAUGUUAUAGAAACACAACUACUUGUCAGUGGGAAUAUUAUGAUAAACAGGAUGAAUUAGAAUAUGAUAUUUGGCUAGUAAAUGGCAAUCCAAAUACUAGUGGCCUAAAUAGCCUGACGUAUCAGUUUUCAUACGAUAGACAGAAUACCAUAGAAUUAUACUUGUUAUUUUUUGUGUGUUAUAUUAUACUUGUGCCACUACAGUUAUAUGCAGUAAGAUUGCAAAAACAUCCUGUAACUAGAUUAUUCACUGCUAGUUUACUAUUAGAAUUUAUAGCAGUAUGUUUAAUCUUAACACAUGUAGUAAAAUUUGCCCUUGACGGAGUUGGCUAUGAACAAUUGGAAGUUGCUGGAGAUAUUUUUGAUAUUUUAUCCAGAACAUCAUUCAUGUUAUUGCUUCUCUUACUUGCCAAAGGAUGGGCUGUAACAAGAAUGGAACUGACAUGGAAGCCAUUGGUUUUUGCUAUAUGGCUUUGUUACGGAGUGGUCCACAUUCUACUAUAUGUUUGGAACAUGACAGAAGUUGAUAUCAUUGAAGAUAUUGACGAGUACCAGACAUGGCCAGGCUGGUUUAUACUUUUAUUUCGCAGUGCAAUUAUGAUUUGGUUUUUAUGCGAGCUUAGAAACACUAUGACAUAUGAACAUAAUACUCAAAAAUUGAAUUUUCUUCUUCAUUUUGGUGCAUCUUCAUUAGUUUGGUUCAUUUAUUUACCUAUUAUAGCGCUUAUUGCUCUUCAAGUAAGCGCAUUAUGGAGGUUUAAACUUCUGUUGGGCAUUACAUACUCUGCUGAUUGUUUUGCAUACUGUGUGAUGGCACAUUUACUUUGGCCAACACGAAGUGAACAAUACUUUUUACUUGCACAAGGAGCAGAUAACGGAGAUGAACUUGAUGAAUUUAACGAAGCACCACAUGUAUUAAAUAAUUACGUAGAACCUCCGGAACUUACAAAAAUAAUCACUUAAUACUAUGUUAAAAUACGAAAGGCAAAAGAUUAUACAUACGAAGAGUCAAAUUGAUAUUUGACUUGUGCUAUGUUUGCAAAACUAUAAAAUUUUAGGGUUAAUAAUACUCUAUUAUAUACUACUUGAGACUGAUAUAUUCUGCGCACUCUGUAAUUAGAAAUAUUAAUAAUUAAAUUUACAUAUGUGAUAGGAAGUCAAUAAUUAACUGAGAAAGAAAUAAACUGGGUGAGUAUGAUAUGAGUAUCAUUGAAUAAUUGUUUUUUAAUUUAAAGAGAAAAUAAAUAUAUGAUUUUGUUGUACAAAUUGUUUAGAUUUAAAGAGAUACUGUUAAUGAAUAUAUAACUUUUAUCCUAUUGUACAUAAUAAUGAUAAUCAGCUGUUAGGUACUCGGCGUGUAAGGGAUUUUCUACAACAUAUAUAUUUACAGUAUUAUUACUGUAAUGUAAGUUUUUGAUUUUAGUUUACUCAUGUCAUACUCUUAAAUCAUAUGCACAAAGCAUCAACAAUUGAUUUAACCCUUAACACCAUUUCCUUCACUGUUGAUUACGUGCGAAAAAGCGAGUAACUUAAUCGUAAAAUUGUAUUUAAGAAUCUUUUAAUCUUGUACUAUAUUGUAUGCAUUUUUAUGAUAUCCCUCAUUCUGUAGUUUGUAAUUACAUAACAUUUCCUCUAAAAGGGAACUGUUCUAAUGCAAAUUUGACAAAGCAUGAAAAUAAAAAUAAACUCGGUGAACUUUUUGUGCUGAUUUUAAUAAAAUAUGUUUGUAUAGAAGCAUGCAUAAUUGUAAUAUGUAAAUCAAAUCAUGUUUUAAUAUACUAUACAUAAAACUCUUAUAACAAAUAUUUGUUAGGCAUUCAUGAUUUUUUCAGUAUUAUAAUAACAAAGGGUCAGAUAUAAAUAUAAAUUUUAUAUGUAUUUUCAUAACAGAAAUUAUUGAAUUGAAAUUGAUUUAGUCUAAAAAUUGUCUUUUACCUUUUUUUCUUCUAAUAAAUUAACUCGUAUACUAAUAUAUUAAUAUUUGAUUUAUGUGGGAUAGCGAUUCUUUGUGUCAAAUUUAUGUGUUUAUAAACAUUUUCUAAAAAAUCUUUGCUCAACAUUUAUGAUAAAUUAAAUAUUACAGUAACAAAACACUUGUUUGGUACUUUGUAGACUCUGAAGAUUAUAAGCUGUACGAACAUAUAUUGCAAUUUUGAUACAGUGUUUCUCUCAUAUUAAUGUGUAUAGAAAGUAUGCCUGAUUAUAAUAAAAAGCAGUAAAAAUGUA